UUUAUUUAUCAUUUUUAGUGUGCCACCGGUUUAAAAUUUUUUGUAAUUUUUUGUAGUAGUUGUUUUAUACUUACAUGCAAGUAAAUAUAUAUAUAAAUAAACGACGACGGUAUUCGAACUAUAUUCUUAUACAUACUUGUAUAACAGUAAAAAAAGGAAAAAAAAUAAAAAAUAUGUUGCUUAUAAUAAAAGGAUAAUUCAUAACUACAUGGUAUUCGCUUAAAUACCAUUAAAAGAAAAUAAAGAGAGAAAAAAAAUUAUUUUUGCUUACAAUAUAAAAAUAAAAAAUAAAGUACAAGAGCGUCGCUUAAUUAAUUAUUACAAUUUAGUUAAUAAAUAUCUAGAAGAUUUAGAUAAAAAAUAUUUCUGGUUGUGUAAGAAAAUUAAUUGAGAUUAAAGAGGAAAAAAGUUUUUAUAUUUUUUCUGUGUAAGAUUUAUAAAAGCCUAUUGAAAAUAAUAAAUGAAAUUAAUAAUUAAUCUCUUAUAUGCGCAUUUACGUAGAUAUAAAAAUAAUUAAGAGGAAAUUGAAUUGGAAAAAGGCUUAAAAUCAAAAUAUUACAAAUAAAAAAAUAAAGUGAAAAUUCUACAUAGAAUGUGUGUAGUAUGAAUGUGAAUUCAAAAUUAUAAAUCAAAAAAUGUUUUUAUUUGAAAUAUAAAUCAAAUCGAAAAAUAUUAAAAGUGUUGAAAUUAAUUUAAAAAAAAUUUAAUAUAAAAAAUAAUAUUUUUAAUUUUAUUGUAUACAAAAUAAUAAUUCACACAUUAAAAACAAUAUAAAAGAUUUAAAAUCAUGUUAGUACCAUCCGAUAUGAUUGCAGCGCAAUCAAAAAUGGUCUAUCAAAUGAAUAAAUAUUGUGCUGAUCGUGUACAAAUGCGUAAAGGUCAAAUACAUAAAACAAUACAAGAAGUAUGUCGUGUCGUACAAGAUGUUCUUAAAGAAGUUGAAGUACAAGAACCACGUUUUAUAUCAUCAUUAAAUGAUUAUAAUGGUCGUUAUGAAGGUUUAGAAGUAAUAUCACCAAAUGAAUUUGAAAUUAUAAUAUAUUUAAAUCAAAUGGGUGUAUUAAAUUUUGUUGAUGAUGGUACAUUACCUGGUUGUGCUGUAUUAAAAUUAAGUGAUGGACGUAAACGUUCAAUGUCAUUAUGGGUUGAAUUUAUAACAGCAUCUGGUUAUUUAUCAGCACGGAAAAUACGUUCACGUUUUCAAACAUUAGUUGCUCAAGCAUGUGAUAAAUGUGCCUAUCGUGAUAUUGUUAAAAUGAUUGCUGAUACAACCGAAGUUAAAUUAAGAAUACGUGAAAGGAUUAUAGUACAAAUAACACCAGCAUUUAAAUGUGCUGGUUUAUGGCCACGUUCAGCAUCACAUUGGCCAUUACCUGGUAUACCAUGGCCACAUCCAAAUAUUGUUGCUGAAGUAAAGACUGAAGGUUUUGAUAUGUUAUCAAAAGAAUGUAUUGCAUUACAAGGUAAAAAUUCAGCAAUGGAAGGUGAUGCAUGGGUAUUAAGUUUUACUGAUGCUGAAAAUAGGUUAUUACAAGGUGCAAGUCGUCGCCGUUGUUUAAGUAUAUUAAAAACAUUGCGUGAUCGUCAUUUAGAUUUACCUGGGAAUCCAGUUACAUCUUAUCAUUUAAAAACAUUAUUAUUAUAUGAGUGUGAAAAACAUCCACGUGAACUUGAAUGGGAAGAGAAUUGUAUUGCUGAUCGUAUUAAUGGAAUAUUUUUACAAUUAAUAUCAUGCUUACAAUGUCGUCGUUGUCCACAUUAUUUUUUACCAAAUAUGGAUUUAUUUAAAGGUAAAUCACCGGGUGCAUUAGAGAAUGCAGCAAAACAAGUAUGGCGUUUAACAAGAAUAAUGUUAACAAAUACAAGGUGUCUGGAAGAACUUUAAAUAUUUCUUUUUUUUUUGCUUGUUUUUUUGUUUUAUUUUUGAUUAUUAUUAUGCUUUGUUUUAGAACUUUUUGCACCUUUGAAAGAAAAGAAGGUUUUGAUUUAUUAAAUCAAUGUUAUUUUAUGUUUUUUGGAAUUUUGAUUGAUCGCGUAAUUUCAAAUUAGGAAAAUCAAAUGAAAUCCUUAACACAUUUUGUGAGAAAUAACCAUAAUUCAAUGUAAAUUAGUUUUUCUCAUACUUCAAUGUAUUGCAUUUUACUAUAGCAAUAAUAUACUUUUGCUCUUGUUACCCAAAAAGCGUAAACUCUCUCUGAAAUAUUUUUAAAAAAAUUACAAUAGUAUUAAAUUAAUUUCUAUUUAUUUUUUAUAAACAUUGAAAAUUUUGUAUAUUAAUAAAAUUAUUUUUAAGCAAGGCAGAUUUCUGAUCAAUUGCUGGCAGUACCAAAAAUAUACAAUACUCUCUUAUUAAAGCAAGGUUUUAUUCACAUAUCACAUAAUGUGUAUGUCAAGUAUUAUAGAAGUAGUAUUACAUUUAAACAAGUAUGCUCUACAAGAACACCUUUGUAUAAGAUAUAACUUUGUAUGGAUGCACCUUUUAUAUACAUAAAGCAAUUUUUAGCAAAAGAAUUGUACUGCAGCGAAUUUUUCUAAUAAACAUAAA